UUCUGCCAUCACAUGCCGUGGUAUCCGCCAAAGCUCGAUUUACAACCGGAGUACUUGCGUCAAGAGUAAGCCUAUAUGGAACGAGCAGGCGCUUUUUGGGGCAUCCGCCAUCUGGCGACGUCAAAGGAGAGGCCUCGUCGCACAAUGCAUUCAAAGGUCCGAAGCGGCUGUGGUACAUGCAAACGCCGUAAACUGAAAUGCGACGAAGGGAAGCCGGAAUGUGAGCGGUGUGUCAAAUCAGGCAUCCAGUGCCUAGGCUAUGGGCCGCCAAAAGUGAAGACACAGCAAACCAUCCACCCUUCUCCACGGUCGCUCGUAACCUUACGGCCCAAAAACGUACAAAGGAGAAUUGUACAGACUGACAGAGUGCUACCGACGCCGCAGCUGACUCGCAGCCUCUCACCCAUCCAUCUCAAUUCAUCGGAUGUCGGGUACUUCGACAUGUUUCGGCAUUAUAUCCUACGUGAUAUAAAGGUGUGGUGCCGCGGCCUGGGGUUUGAUGCGUAUUUGAUACAAGAGUUCAUGCGAGAAGAAAGUGUCCGAGCCGCCAUUCUCGGCCUCACGGCAAUGUCCAAGGCAACCCAGCUCUCGUAUGAACAGCUGACUGGUAAGAAGAAGAUAAUGACCGCGCGUGAACUAACUUCUGGAGAGCAUAUAUCACGACUUAAAAUUGAUCGUCACCAUCAUCACGAGGCGUUGAAACAUUACACUAAAGCGAUUUACUUGUGUCGCCAGCGUGCGCUUACUAUUAAUUCCAACGAUUCGAUUCGACCCUUGAUCACAUCUACGCUCAUGUUUGUCAUCUUAGAAGUGCUUCAAGGAAACAUGGAUGCAUCAAGCAAGUUAUUAUUAUCCGCGUUAGGGCUUCUAAAGGCGGAAACCAGACGACACAAACCCACAAGAUACACCCUCAACAGCAAUCUUACCGAUGACGAAGAGAGGACUGCAAGACUUGAGGAUAUCUUCUACCACCUCUAUGUCAAGUGCCCGCAGUAUAUAUGGACGCACAGUAGGGAAGACCUCUGUGAUCGAAUUCAGCCAAACGAAAUACCUACUUUGCCGACGAACGAUUUGCCUGUGGCUUUACUUUGCAUCAACUGGGAGAGAACAAUGCGCCUAGUCAAGAGAUUCUCAAUGUCAUUGUGUCCUGAGACACCGAUAUUCGAAUAUGAAGGCGAACAAUGCCGUUAUAUCGCCCACAUUCGACAAUGGAAGCCCUUGUUGAAGCGCAUGCUCAGAACCCAGGAUAUCCGCUCUCGCUUGGAACUGAGGGCCAUCGAAGUUGAGGUACUGAUAGCUCUAAUAUAUUUAGAGUGUUGCUUGGAUCCCACCGACCGGCUUUGGGAUACCAAGAAGACGCAAUACCGAGAAAUCAUCAUUGUACUCGAGAAACUGGUUAAUGACAUGGAAAUCAUAUCAGACCAUGUGAAAUUCAUGUUCGACUUUUGGCUUAUUCCCCCUUUGACGAUUAUAAUUACUCAGUGUCGGAAUUACGAAACUAGGCAAAAGGUCUUAAAUUUACUGGUACAAGUCGUCUCUCAUAGUGCCACAUGGAUCAGCAUUGUACUGGUAAAGUGCCUGCAGGCUAUUAUAGAUAUUGAAGAACUAGGAAGAGAUGAUCUUGGGAUGAUCCCUCCAGCAUUUAAAUAUGACUGGAUUAGUUCGAGGUGGAAUUUUGAGCAAUACAACGUGAAUAUAGGGCUUAGAUCAAUGACUGCAAGGUUUACAGAGUCACCGUCUGCGGUUAAAUACAUUUCAAUACAAUUUUAA